ACAAACCUAGAACCCGCGUUACGCGUUAGUAGCUACUAUGGGUCGCAGAAGAGAGAGGAAGGCUAAGGGGGUUUUAGGAGGCGGUGGCCGUCGAGUGAAGCUCGACCUAUGGGGACCGGACCCGACCGAAGAUGCACACGCGGAGGCCGAUCAAGCAGCUGAGAAAGAGCAUUUUCCAGGCGAAGCUUCCCGGUUAGGGGGUGGCGAUCAGCCAGUCACAGGAUCGCCGUCUUUGGCGGAAGCCGCCGCUGCUGCAAGCGCACCCCCGCCCGCUGUAGAAGGUGCGUGGAAGCUUCUCUACCUUCCACUCUCCCUAUUGUUACGUGUGCGUCCCUUGUGCGACAGUCAGAGGCCCAUAUGCGAUUAUGUGCGACAGUCAGAAGCGCAUGUGCGAAAAUGUGCGACAGACAGAGGCGCAUGUGCGAUCAUCAGGCGAAGAUUGCGAGCGUCGAUCAUCAGGAGGGUUCGUCUGCUCUGUUACAGCCCGGAUUUCCACAGUUGAGAGCUGGACUGAGCUGUUGCUGAGACAGCACAAGGGCGUGCUCGAGUCAGCGUUGAGGCCACGCGUAUCUGCCACGUCAUCAGCCUCACCAUGCUGUCGUCAUCAGGCCAAUCCUCGUGAUAGCCGCUGUUGCAGCUGUACGGACGCGGGGUGUUUUCUGUGACCUCGUGGCCUAGAAUCUGCUGCAGUGCUGAGGGAGGAGCAAGGAACUUAGCCUUCGAUACAAGCACGGCGACGUGAUAAAAACGAGGAUAGGGGGGGGACAGCGCAGCAGAAGGAGGAGGAUUGGCCGGCAGGUUGCAGCAAGCUCGUGUCCCCCCGACAGGUCCAGCCUGGCAACGGAAGAACCGGUGAUUGGUGCGUCUCUCACUCAUGCCUCGCGGUAGAAUGGAUGGCUCAUCAUCCUGUCUCCGAACGGUAGGCGACAACAGGCGAUCGAACGGUAGGUGCAGGUUUGUGUCCGCCCCUGCUCCCUGCAUCGUGUACAUGCUUGUAUGAUGGUAUGUGAUCACUUGUAGAAAAGACUUCGAACGCUCCGUUUAUGCGCUUGCUAGACCCUUCCUGGGCCUUUCGUGCCUGCUAGACCCUUCGUCUGCUCGUCUCGGGGGGAGGGAGUAUGCGUGUUUUUGAGGCGCCUCAAACAGGGAGUAUGCGCGUUUCCUUUGAAUGGAUGGUGCACUGCAAGUGAGCUUUUCGGUGACACACGCCGUUUGGACACUUGCGUCUCGGCGUAGUAAAACCUUAGGCGGAAUCUAUUUUUGAGGCGCCUCAAAAAUAGGCACCCACCGUUUGGACACUUGCGUCUCGGCGUAGUAGAACCUUAGGAGGAAUCUGUUUGUUGAACCUCACUCUGUUUUGCCCUGCCAUUCUGCAUCCCUUUCUUCUCUCUUUGCUUGCCUGAUGUUUUGGGUUGGUUAUUCUCCCAGGCACUAAGGCACCGGACCCUCUCUCGCUUCUAGGAGCUUACAGUGAUGAUGAGGAGGAGGAGGGGGAGGAGGAGGAGGAAGAAGAGGCGGAGAAGAGAGAGGGGAGGAGUGAGGGAGGAGAAGUGGAGGAGGGUGUGCAGGGCAAAGAGAAAGGAGGUGUUAUUGCUGGAUUGACGCAGGGAGCAGAUGGUGACGGACAGGGGAGCGCGGAAGCAGUCGAGAUGGAUGAUGAGAUGCUCGCCUUCAUGUCUGAGCUGAAAGAAAGUGGGCUUCUGGACGAGCAGGGGGGGACAGGCGAGGAGAAAGCACCUCUGGAUGGUAUGCAGGUAGAGAAGAGAGUCAGAGGGGAAGAAGAGGGAGGAGCGAAAGAGGAGGAGGGGGGGAGACAAAUUACGAUGGAGAGUGCUGAAGAGGCAGCGGAAGCGGGAGGAAGGGAGGAUGGAGAAUCAAGAGAGAGGGGGGGCGAAGGUGUUCAAGAGAUAGAGGGCGAAGGUGGAAGAAAAAGCGAUGCCCGGGAAGGCGCUGACGAGGAGAAGGAAAAGGUCGAGGAGAAGGAGAAGGGGGAGGGGGAGCAGAAGCCAGAGGAAGAGGAGAGGGCAGAUGAAGAGAAGCCGGCGGAGGAGCGUUUUGAAUCAGCUGCUCAGCCAGAGAUGGCAGUAAGUGUGUGGCAGGCGGUGUUGGAACCAGAGAGUGGGGAGUACUACUACUGGAACACAGAAACCGGGGAAACUUCCUGGUCGGUUCCAGAGGAGCUCUUAAGCAAGAACGAGGCUGGUAGUACAGCUGAGAUUGGGACUCCAGGUGGGGUAGAAGGAGGGCAUGAGGGGGAAGGGACGGGUGCUUUUGAGUCGACUCAAAAGCAGAUUCCGACUUCAAGGGGGGUAGACGAAGGGACUGAGGGGGAAGGGAAAGUGGGGGAAGGGACGGGUGAGGAGGUCAACGAGUCGGGUGCCGAGGGGAUGAUUGAGGAAGAGGCGGUUGAGAGGGGUUCGGAAGGCGGAUGGGAGGUGGGGAGACGCGAGGGAGAGAGGAGGGAGUUUGUGAGUGACGGAGGGGAGGAGGUUAGUGGAAAGGGUGAGGAAGAUGGGGAUGGGGCGAUGGUGGUGAGGAGAGGGGAUGGGGAUGGGGAUGGGGAUGGGGAUGGGGAUUUGGCGAUGGUGAGGAGAGGGGAUGGGGAUGGGGCGAUGGUGAGGAGAGGGGAUGGGGAUGGAGGUGAGAAUAGGGCGGACAAAGCGGAAAAGGCGGAUGAAGAAGAAAGGGCGAAGGAAGAAAGAGCAGAAGGGGCUACGGGGAUGGACGUUGAUAGCGGUGAUGAUAGUAGCCUUGGCGAAGGGGUGCGUGUUGAUGCUGCUGCUGCUGCUGCUGGUGCUGCCACUGCCUUACUUGAAAGCACGGGAGAUCAGGGAGAGAGACAAGUAGCAGCAGAGCGACACGUGGCAGGGGGCGAUGAUGUGGAGAGCGCCAGUGCCAUGUCAGCAGUGCUGCGGUCCUUGCAGGAUCAGGUUGGCUCAGCAGAGGCUGAGCUAGCAGCCAUGGCUGCUGACGUGGCGGUUAAGGCAGGUGGUGCCGUGGCCAGGCUGGAGUCCUUGCAGCAGCAACUGACAGCUGUCGCGACCGGGCUUCCUGCUUCCAGCCCCGUAUCCUCUUCUGCACCCUCCUUCCCUUCCUUCUCAUUUUCCGCCUCUCUUUCCUCCUCUCUCUCCUCCUUCUCAUCCUCCCUUGCUGGACUACAACUCGAGGCCUCCAUCCGUCUGGCUGACCUGACUUCCCUCUCAGACGGAUUCGUACAGGCCUCUGCAGCAGCAGCAGCAUCAGCAGCACCUACCGCUGCAGCUGUAGCACCUCUUGCUACUGCAGCUGUAGCACACGUUCCCUCCGCUGAAGAGCCACAGCCUGCUGUGCUACAGCAGUGGCAGCAGCUGCAGCAGCGGCUGCUACAGCUGAGGCUACAGCAGGGCUUGCAGCAGGGGCUGGUGGUGGCUGUGGGGCACUGCCUAGAGCAGGUGGGUCGGAUGGAGGGAGAGGGGGAGGAGGUGCAGGAGAGAGUGGAGAGAGUGAGGGUGCGGUGGGGGGAGGAGAGACAGAGGUGGGAGGAAGAGGAGGCGCAACGGUGGGAGGAGGAGAAGCAACGGCAGGAAGUAGAGAGGCAGGAGAGGCAGGAGAGGCAGGAGAGGCAGGAGAGGCAGGAGAGGCAGGAGAGGGAAGAGGAGAGGCAACGGCAGGAGGAAGUGGAGGAGGAGAAGAAGCAAGUGGCAGUUCGGGAAUUACGGCAGGAGCAGCAGCGGCAGCAGGAGUGGCAGCAGCAGCAGAAGAGGCAACAAGAAGAAGAGGUGCAAAGGCGACUAGUGAAGGGGGAGCAAGAGGAGAGAGAGGAGGACGGGGAAUGGCGAGGGCAGGUUGGGAGAGCGCAGCUGGAAGGGCGUUUAAGUGGGGGGGAAAGGAAAGAGAGGGUGGGGCAAAAAGCACCGGUGAAGGCAAGAGACGCGAGGGAGGAGCAGGAGGAGGGUAGGGGAGCGGUUGAGAGGGAAAACGGGGGGGUGUGGAAGGGUUUGGAGCAGUACUCGGCAUCAGAGAGUGGGGAGAUAUCACCGGAGAGGGAGGAGGAGGGAGAGGAGGAGGUGGUGGGAGGAGCAGGCAAGGGAGGAGUGAAGGAAGGUGGUGCUAGUGGGCCGGGUGGUGAUGAUGAUGAUGAGGAUAUGGAAGUCGAAAUGGAGGUGGAGGGAGGGUUAGAUGCAGGUGGAGCAGUAGUUGGAGGAGGAGGGGAAGGAGGAGCAGGACGAGGAGGAGGAGGAGGAGCAGGAGGAGCAGGAGGAAUUACAGGAGUGAGAAUAGGAGAACCAGGAGGAGUAGGAGUUGAAGUAGCGCAAGGAGACGCAGGAGUGCCAGGAGUGCCAGGAGUGCCAGGAGUGCCAGGAGUGCCAGGAGUGCUAGGAGUGCCAGGAGUGCUAGGAGUGCCAGAGCAACCCCCUUUGCCACCAGCAUCACCACCACCACCUCCCCCUCCCUCCCCUCCUCCUCAACCGCCCCAGUCCCCCCUCCCCCCCCCCCGCCUGAUGCUCCUGAAUCCGUGCACCCUUCUACUGCUGCUUGCGGCCGCCACUGCCUAUGCUUCUGACCCUGCCCGUGCAUUAGCAGCAGCAGCAGCAGCAGCAGCGACUCCAGCAGCAGCAGCAGCAGCAGCAACAGCGGGUGAAUGGCCAUACGCAGUCACAGCACCAUAUGCGUACAACCCAGCAGCAGCAGCAGCAGCAGCAGCAGCAACAACAGGCUAUGAUCCCGCUGCUGCUGCUGCCUGGGCUUCGCAUUAUGCUGCGUAUGCAGCAGCAACAGCAGCAGCAGCGCCAGAUUCCUCUCUGCCCUAUUCAGCAGAAGCAGCAGCAGCAGCACCAGCAGAGUAUACACCGGAAGCAGCCUACUACCAUGCAUACGCAGACAUGUAUGGCUACACCCCCACAUACCCCACGCCCACAACCGUCUCGUCGGCUCCUGUAACCUACGCUGCUGCUGCCACUACUGCAUCUGCAUCUGCUGCUGCUACCACUGCAUCUGCGGCUACAGCUGCUACAGCUGCUGCUACAUCUGCUGCUGUUACCACUCGCCGUCCUCGGGUUGUGGUGGCUGCACCUGCACUAGUGAGACCAGCGGCGCAGCUGGCUGGGGGAGAGGGAGCAGAACCAGCAGCAGCAGCAGCAGCAGCAGCAGCAGCAGCAGCACGCACAGCAGCAGGAGGAGGGGGGCAAGAAGGAACAGACGGGAGGCAAAGGGAAACUGUUGCUGCUGCUGCCGCUGCUCCUGCUGCUCCUGCUCCUGCUCUUUCCACGAUGGAUGCUGUAACAGCCGCUGUUGCUGCUGCCAAGCACCAGACAGAAAGGGCAGCGAAACCCAAGAGGAAGGCAGCAGUGGGGGGAACACAUGCGAGCAAGAAGGUGUCUUCUUUGGUCAACAAGUGGAAAGCUGCCAAGGAGGAGUUAGACGAGGAGAGGCAGAAGAGGGAGCAGGCAGAAGAGGAGGCGGAACGGGCGUUGUACGAUGGGGAGGUUAUUGGGAAGAAACGGCAGAAGAAGAUAGAGGAGUGGAAGCAGCAGCAACUGCAGACAGGGGAGGCUGAGGAGAACGCCAAUUUUCAGCCGCUUGCAGUCGAUUGGCGUGAACGGGUGAAGAAGGCUAGAGGGGCUACGAGUCAAGCGCAGCAUGGCUCGCCGCUUGCGAAUGGCGCUGGUGCUGAUAGUCCGGCUGCUGCUGAUGCAGGAAGAGAUGGUGUUGCGGAGAGCAGGCAGCAGGAAGCGGGAGCAGCAGCAGCAGCAACAGACUCACCAGCAGCAGCAGCAGCAGCAGCAGUGGCAGGGGGAGGUGGAGGGAAGAGGAAACGCAAGGGCCCUGAUCUGAAGGCUCUUUCUGCUGGCCUGCCGGCUGGAUGGCAGGCGUUUUUGGAUCCCCAGUCAAGCGACGUGUAUUAUGGCAAUCUUUCUACUAACGAGACAUCAUGGGAGAGACCAAUGUAAAAGAGAAUUUCCGUAUCUCAUGGGAUGGGGUGCUUUUUUGGAGUUUUUGUGUAGGUUAGCACUAUACCCUCAGUCUUUGCACACUGCUCUAAUAAGCAGUUCUAGCGAAGGGGGACACUCAAUAGUGUCAGCUUGACUUCCAAUCUGUUGAA